AUGCUUAACUGCAAUCCUGCGCCUACUCCUGUCGACACGAAGGCCAAGCUCUCCGCCAGUGAUGAGUCGCUCGCGUCCGACGCGCCGUUCUACUGCUCCAUCGUCGGUGCUCUUCAGUACUUGACGCUGACGCGACCGGAGCUCCAGUACGCCGUGCAGCAGGUGUGCUUGCACAUGCAUGCUCCUCGGGAUGCUCAUUGGGCCGCGGUGAAGCAGAUUCUCCGCUACGUCUGUGGUACCAUGGGCUACGGCUUGUCGUUGCAUGCUUCGCCCUCGACGUCGACUGACCUUGUCGCCUACUCGGACGCGGACUGGGCGGGUUGCCCGGAUACGCGCCGCUCCACCAGCGGCUACCGCAUCUACCUCGGCUCGUCGCUCGUCUCUUGGUCCUCCAAGAGGCAGCCCACCGUGUCUCGCUCCAGUGCUGAGGCCGAGUACCGCGCCGUGGCUAACGCUAUGGCUGAGUGCACAUGGCUUCGUCAGCUUCUGUCCGAGCUCUCUUGUCCUGUUGACAAGGCUACGGUGGUCUUCUGCGAAAACGUGUUGUCUGUCUACCUCUCCGCCAACCCCAUACGUUUGCAACGUAUCAGCGGCUGGAGGCUCAGCUACCUCCGGGUGCCUGUCCCGCCCUUGCCUCCGCGCGAGCCAGAGAGGAGCGCUGAGAUCGGGCACAGGCGGCGGUACCUGCCGUCGGACCUCCGCGCAGAUCCCGCCUACGUCAUCGACUCUAACACCUGGCGCACCUAG